UGUAAAAAUCUGGCAUGUGUCUGUAAUGUAGUGAGGCAGGAACUCGACCAAUGGCCUGGUAAUCUGUUCCUAGAUCUGUUGGUAAAAGUCAAUCCUUUGCUGUAAACUCAUGUUGCGUAAGGUAAAGGUUGACUUUUGCACUUGGAGACAAUUGUUUUUAUCGUCCUAACGUGCCGCAUGGAGAGCUGGACGAUCAAUAUCGAGUGCUACUAAAAUCGUGUAUCUCCGUUGUGGGGGUUUAGAUUCAGAUCUCUUCGGGUUUACGGUAAUGAGGAGCCUACUCCACGAUGACGUCAUCGUUAGAUGAAAGCUAGUGGGUCCCGCCCAUCGGGACUCGCACUGAAACGAACAGAGAAACAAACCCAGCUUCACUGCUGUCGUGUACUUCACAUGUCCUGUCUAUUCUCCCAAAUAACUAUUUUGUUGUGAGAAAAGGUUACGAAUUGAUUGAUUCCAAUCUCAGACUUUAGGGAGUCAGUUUGUAUCCAUUACCUGCUGCUCGACCUCAAAAGGAAAGUGUUUUUGUUUCCUCCACGGAAAAGUUCGGAAAAGGUGGUUGUCAUGACUACCCUUCCUCCCACAAUGUCUUCUGAAGCCACGCGCAUCCAGGGGUCAGUAUCCCCAUGCUCUACGACCCCUCCCCUGACCUCUGGGGCCCCUGGCUCCCCGGUCUCCCCAGUCUCUCCGGUGUCCCCUGGGUCCCUGUGCCCGCCAGCAUCCCGGUACCGAGACCGUUCCCCCUCCCCCAUGAGAGGUUACCUCAUACCCAGCCCCCUGCCAACCAGACGUACUAGGACCUGCUCCGCGGCGGAGCGGGCAGCGGAGGGGCCGUCGUUCAGAGGUGUAUGUAAGUGUUUCUCUCGGACUAAAGGACACGGCUUCAUCACACCAGCCGACGGAGGCAGCGACAUCUUUGUCCACAUCUCAGAUAUCGAGGGGGAAUACGUGCCAAUGGAAGGAGAUGAGGUGAGCUAUAAGGUGUGCUCCAUCCCCCCCAAGUGCCAGAAGAUCCAGGCGGUGGAUGUCACAAUCACCCACCUCAACCCAGGAUCGAAGCACGAGACCUGGGGCGGGGCGCUGCUCAGCUCCUCCUGAGUCCCGGAGGGGAGAAAUGGCAACCGGGAAAGGGUCCCCUUCUUUUUUUUAGGUUUUGGGUUAAUGCUUGUUGUGGGAGGGAAUGGAAUGGUUGGUAUUUGAAUAGAGAAGACGUGUAUCAUUAGACGGGAAGGUUAAUUAAAUAAAGCUGCAUCACUUCAACAAGA